ACCAAGCACCUCCUCAUUCUCCACCGGCGUCCUCAGAAUGUCUGUCAUCUCCAUCAGUAAGAAGUACAGGAGUUCCCCCCACAGUUUCAGCAGCCAGUCCUAUGCCUUCACUGGCCACCCCAGAAUGAGCCCCGUGACUUAUGCCAUCUCCAGCGCAGGUGGCAGCAAAUUCAGAGGAGCCAGGAGCCCCUUGGGGCUGGGGAUGAGUGGUGGGGCUGGCAUCGGGGGUAGUCUGGUAGCAGUUAACUUCGACCGGAGCCUGAUGAAUCCCAUCGAGACUGGGCUCGACCCAGAGAUCCAGCGCGUGAAAGCUCAGGAGAAAGAGCAGAUCAAGACGCUCAACAAUAAAUUUGCCCACUUUAUCGACAAGGUUCGCACACUGGAGCAGCAGAACCAGGUGUUGAAGACCAAGUGGAGCAUCCUCCAGGGCCAGAAAACUGGGCCCAGGAACAUGGAAAACGUGUUCAAGGUGCAAAUCAACAGCUUGAAGAAGCAGCUGGAGGACCUGGGGCAACAGAAGGUUAGGCUGGAAUCCGAGCGGGGCAACAUGCAGGACCUUCUGGAAGAAUUCAAGCGAAAGUACGAAGAAGAAAUCAACGACCGGAGUGGGAGGGAGAAUGAAUUUGUCCUGCUUAAGAAGGAUGUGGACGAGGCUUACAUCAAGAAGCAGGAAAUGGAGGUCAAGUGGCAAGAUCUGACCGACGAAAUCCACUUCCUGAUGGAGCUUUAUGCCAAGGAGCUGCGCGAACUGCAGGCCGAUGUAGAGAUGUCCAACACCCCCGUCGUCAUAUCCGUGGACAGCAGUCCCGAGCUAGACGUGGACAGCAUCAUUGCAGAGGCCAGAGUGCAGUACGAGGAGAUGGCUGAGAACAGCCGAGAGGAAGCCGAGAACAAGUAUCGGAUCACGUACGAGGAGAUCCAGGAGAAAGCGGGCAGGCACGGGGAAGAGCUCCGUGCCGCCAAGGCCGAGCUCAACGAGCUCAACUGGAUGAUCCAACGGCUCCGGACGGAGAUUGCGGUCCUGAAAGAACAGAAUGCCAAGCUGGAGGCGGACAUUGUCCAGGCUGAGGAGCAAGGCAAGAUCACCGUGGCGGAUGCUUCAGAGAAGCUGCAGAAGUUGGAACAAGCCCUGCAGAUGGCCAAGCAGGAAAUGGCGGUCCAGCUGCGGGAGUAUCAGGCGCUGAUGAACCUCAAACUGGCGCUGGAUAUCGAGAUCGCCACCUACAGCAAGCUGCUGGAAGGAGAGGAGAGCAGGUUGGACUCCAGUAUGCAAAACCUGAGCAUUCUGACCACGACAACCGGCUAUUCUAGUGGGAUGAGCACAAGAUUCCCUGGCAAAUUUGGCAGCUCGUAAGCGUUGGUGCUGCCUCCGGUUCCUCCCCCCUGGAAAGGUUGACUGAGAAAAAUAAACCUGGGGAUGGAAAAUUGGUGUCCUGCUUCCUCAGGUGU